UAUUGAGUUGACCUCAAGUUCGACAUGUGUGUGUGUGAUUUUGCAAUGCGCCGAUCGCGCGACGUUGAUGUGGACAUACGGUUCUACAAAACGAACACAAAAAAUCGUUGUUUACCAAAAGGAGACUAAACUCCGUCAAAAUUAAGAGUCAUGGGAAAACCUAAGAAGGGCAGGAACACGAGAGGAGCCGACACUGAUUCGGACGAUGAUUUGGACCCCGUCGCUAAAGCUUUGAAAGAGAUCAAUGAUGAGGAUAUGGGCGGCAAGGCGGCAGGCAAGAAAGGAAAGAAGAAGAAAAAGAAGGACGUGGAUGAGCUGUUUGAUGAGCUAGCGGCCAAGGAGGGAGAGAGUGAGAUGCCACAAGAGACGGCCAAGGUUCCUGACGAGGAGGAGACAGCUGCCAAGGGCAAGAAGGGCAAGAAAGGAAGGAAGAGAAAAGACGACUGGGACGAGGAUGACAUUGCUAAAGAACUGGAAGCCAUCAGCAUGGAUGCCAAGAAGGAGAAAGGAGGUAAAGGCAAUAAGACUGUACAGAGCCAGGCAGCGGAGGAUGGAGAUGAAGAAAGCAAAGAUGCACAGAAGGAGGAGGAGGAGCCCGCCGAGCAGAGAGAACCCGUUCAGGAUGAUGAAGACAGUGAUGAAGGUCCCGUGAUCAAAACAGCCGCCCAGAAGAGGGCCGAGAAGAAGGAGCGAGAGCGGAAGAAGAAAGAACUGCAGCGCGCCGAGGCCAGGAAUCGCCGGCAGAAACAACAGACGAAAGGAGCAGACAAUGAGGGAGAAUCGACAAUAGAGGGCGACAAAGCAGCAGUAGCAGAGACCAUCCAAGACAAACAAGAUGACGAAGAAGCGCCCGAGGAAGGGGACAAGAAAAAGAAGAAGAAGAAAAAGAAGAAAGGAAAAGAGGAAGAAGACGAAGAACUAGAAGAGAACAAGGAGGUUGUGGCACCAGCAGAAGGGGAGACCAAGGGUGAUGCUGCGGAAGGGGAGGAGGAGGAGGAGGAAGGAGACAAGAAGAAGAAGAGGAGGAAAAAGAAGAAAGGAAAAGAGGAAGAAGAAGAGAAAGACAAGGACAAAAAGAAGAAGCCGGGAAAAGCGGUGCGUGCCAUGCAGGAGGCCCUGAAGAAGAUGAAAGAGGAGGAGGAACGACAGAAGGAAGAGGAACAGGCCAGGAUUAAAGCAGCUGAGCUGGCCGAAGAGAAACGUCUGGAGAAACUCAGACUGGAGAAAGAGAAGAAAGAACGAGACAAACAAAAAAAGAAGGAGCGCAUCGAGAGACUCAAGAAGGAAGGCAAGUACCUGACCAAGAGCCAGAAGGAGGCCAAGGCCCGAGCUGAGGCCAUGCUGGAGGCUCUCAAGCAGCAAGGGGUGGAAGUACCCAGCAAAGAGACGGUGGCAGCAGCUGCUGAGGAGAACAAGAAGAAAGUCCGGUACGGCGUCCGGGAACGGAAAAAGAAGAAAGACCAGACGGAAGGACAAGCUGAAGUGGGCACAGAGCUGCAGCGCGAGGAUUCCGAGGAGAAAUCUGAAGACAUGAAAGAGGAGGCCGCAGAUACGCUUGCCAUGGAAACUGAAGUGAUAGACGAGGCAAAGGAGGAGGAGGUGUUGGUGGAGGAGGACGAGGAGGUUGUUCAAGACAGUUGGGAGGCAGUGACUGAAUCCUGGGAUGCAGAAGGCUCAGAUGAAGACAGAGAAGAAGAAGAAGAACAAAGCAAAGAUGAGAAGCCACCCCAGGACGGCAUCCCGACGGCUGAGAUCACGGUCCAACCUGUCAAGGAUGCGGAGAAGGCAGAUGAAAACGACGACGAAGAAGAAGAUGAUGAAGAUGAUGAGGAUAGUGAAGAGGCGAGCAGCGAGGAGUCAGAUGAGGAUGAGGAAUCGGAGAGCGAGUCCGAGUCUGAAUCGGAGUCAGAAUCCGAGGACGAGCGGAGCAAAGCCGAGAAAGCCAGGGAUAAAGUCAAACUGCGGAUUCAGAAACGAAGGGAAGAAGCUGAAUCCAGAAAGUCCACUGACCAUCUGAGAUCACCCGUGGUUGUCGUCUUGGGACACGUAGACACCGGCAAAACCAAGAUUCUGGACAAGAUUCGACACACCCACGUCCAAGACGGGGAAGCUGGCGGCAUUACACAGCAGAUAGGAGCCACCAUGGUGCCUCCAGAUGCCAUCAGGGAACAGACCAAGAUGUGUAGGCAGUUUGCCAAGGAAGAGCUGAGAAUCCCGGGCCUGCUUAUCAUCGACACCCCGGGCCAUGAGUCCUUCAGCAACCUGCGGACACGAGGCUCGUCGUUGUGCGACAUCGCCAUCCUGGUGGUGGAUGUCAUGCAUGGAUUGGAACCCCAGACGAUUGAAUCGCUGAACCUACUCCGAUCAAGAAAGACACCGUUUAUUGUGGCAUUAAACAAGAUCGAUGUGCUGUAUGAAUGGAAGAGCAGUCCUCACACAGACAUUGCUAACACCGUCAAGAAACAGAAGAAGCACACCAGGGACGAGUUUGACGAGCGGGUCAAAAUGACCAUCACGGCUUUUGCCGAACAGGGUUUGAAUGCAGCUCUGUUCUACGAGAACCCUGACACCAAGACCUACGUAUCCCUGGUCCCGACGUCGGCCCACACAGGAGACGGGAUGGGCAACCUCAUUGCUCUCCUGAUAGAGUUCAGUCAGACCAGGCUGGCCAAGAGACUAGCUUUCUCGGAUGAGCUACAGUGUACAACGCUAGAGGUGAAAUCCCUUCCAGGUCUUGGGACCACAGUGGACGUGGUAUUGGUCAACGGUCGGCUAAGGGAAGGAGACACCAUCGUCCUAGCUGGUCAGGAGGGACCCAUAGUCACGCCGGUUAGGGGCUUGCUCAUGCCACAGCCUCUAAAAGAACUCAGAGUUAAGAAUCAGUAUGAGAAGUUUAAGGAGAUAGCCGGCGCCCAGGGGGUCAAGGUACUAGCCAAGGACCUGGAGAAGGCCCUGGCUGGGAUGCCGCUACUAGCCGCUCAACAUCCUGAGGAAGUAGAGAUACUUAAGGAGGAAGUUGCUCAACUACUCAAGGAAGCGCUCACCUCCAUCAAGCUAGCGGACCUAGGGGUGUACGUCCAGGCUUCCACGUUAGGGUCCUUAGAAGCUCUCCUGGAAUUCCUAAAGACCUCCCAAAUUCCUUAUGCUGGUAUUUCCAUUGGACCAGUGCACAAAAAGGAUGUUAUGAAAGCAUCGGUCAUGCUGGAGCGAGAUAGUCAGUACGCUGUCGUACUUGCCUUUGACGUCAAAGUGGAGCGGGACGCCCAGGAGAUGGCGGACCGGGAAGGCGUCAAGAUCUUCCAGGCAGACAUCAUCUACCACCUCUUCGACAAGUUCAUGGCCUACCGGGAGGAGGCAAAGCGGAAGCUGAGGGAGGAACACAAGCACAUUGCCGUCUUCCCCUGCAAGCUGCGGGUCAUCCCCCAGUUCAUCUUCAACGCCCGGAAUCCCAUCGUGGUGGGCGUCAACGUGGAAGGCGGCAUCUGUAAAGUGGGCACGCCCAUCUGCGUGCCUUCCAAAGAGAAUAUCCUUCUUGGGGCGAUAUCGAGCAUAGAGGUCAAUCACAAAAAUGUUGAGACUGCUCGCAAAGGCCAGGAAGUCUGUAUCAAGAUUGAGCACACGGGCGGCAGCGACGCACCCAAGAUGUACGGCAGACACUUCGACAGUCAGGACCUUCUUAUCAGCAGGAUAUCCCGCGAGUCCAUUAACGCAGUCAAGAAAUACUUCCGGGAAGACCUUGAGAAAGCCGAUUGGCAAACAAUGAUAGAACUCAAGAAACUCCUGGACAUCUUAUGAAUAGAACGGACCUGGGGCUUUCCCCAAACUUACCUUGAAAAAAACCCUAAAAAACCCAAACAAACAGAGACUUGUCAUAGCAAUUGUUCCAUGUGGAGAAGUAUGGAGCAUCAACAGGCAG